AUGGGCAUUCCAGCUACCACAUAUAACAACCUUGCGAGACCCACCGGAGUCACCAAACGUCGCUCCAGCCCUCGUCGCGGCUCACUCAAGAUCAGGCGCACUCGCAGUAGAGACCGCUUCUUCUGGUACAGUGCCUCCGACGGCGUCUCUCGCCUUGUCAACUCCAACAACAGCAUCCCUGAGCAAGUAAACAACUACAGCUUCGCUCCUUCCGAGUUCCACCACGAAGCCUACCCCAAGACAUUCCCCGUGGGCGGCGUCUGGCCACCCCAGCAAAUCGACGACCUUGUAUUCGCCACCGGCUCCGAAAACACCGACUGCGUCGGCGACACCUGCUACAAUGGCAACAUCUGUGAGGAUUUGGAUUGCACACACACCCUCGCCGCCUGGAAAGCCGCCACCUCCGACUGGGAGAAACACUUCGAGUUGCGCAAGACGGAGCAUCGAGGUAUCGGCGUAUACACCAGGCACGCGUUUCGCCAGGGGGCUAUCCUGGGCUGGUACGCAGGCGAACUCAAAACGCUUGCAUCCAUGGACGGCAGCAAGAGUGACUACCUUAUGGAGAUUGAGAUUGGCGACAUUUCACCGCACACGCCGCUCGAGCCAACACCGAGUAUUUACAUUGAUGGCGAGCACAAAGGGAAUUGGACAAGGUUUAUCAACCAUUCUUGCGCGGCGGACUGUGUGUUUCGCAUCAUGCGGGUGGGGAACACGAGGAUCAUGGCGGUGGAGGCGAUCAAAGAUAUACCGAGGGGGAAGGAACUUAGUGUUGAUUACGGGGAACAGUAUUAUGGUUUGACAACUAAGAAGAGGUGUGCUUGCGGGGUGCCGGAGUGUGUGGAGCGGAGGAGAAUAAGGCUAGAGAAGGCGAUGGAACGGAGGAAGACCGCAGAGAAGGCGAUGGAACGGAGGAAGACCGCAGAGAAGGCGAAGAGAAAUGGAAAUAUCAAGAGGUGUAGGCGGGUUGCGCCGCCAAUCUUGGUCUAG